AUGGAAUGCUGCCGCAAGCUUUCAGCCAAGGCCAGCGCUAAAGUGCCACAGGAUCUGCGCAAGAAGGCCUGGUUCUUGAGCCAAGUCGAGUGGAAAGUGGCCGAAGUGCUGGCCGAGAAGCACGCGGAAUCCGACGGGGAGGCAUACAAGGUCCCCCCGCUGCCACAGAGAGUGCUGCCUGGCGGUUAUACCGUGGGCGAUCGCGCGGUGACCUUGAUCUCCAGGGAGGCUUACAACCAGACGCUGCUCAUGGAGCUGGGCCAGGAGGGUAACAUCGUUGGUGCGGCCCGGGGCCAAGGGACGAGACCUCCGCCUUAA